GCUUUAUAUAAAUAUUCAUGCCUCUGCUCACUGUGACAGAGACACAUUAGUUGAUUUCGGUGAGAGUCGUGAGACUUACUACAAGACUUAUUCAAGAAAGCAUUUCAGCGAAAGCCGUAGUAUUUGCACAACCCAGCUCGGCAAUGGAACUGAAAAUAAAACUAUUGGGCGGAGAUGUGAGGUCGCUGGAGGUGAGAGAUAAUGCCACAGUUGGUGAACUCAAGCAGCUCAUUUCUCAUCUCUUCAGUGUGCCUCCUAACAGCAAACAGAAGCUUUCUAGCGAAAACGGUCACCGUGUCAGCCUUGAUGAUGAUUCCAGAAGCCUCAGCAGUUACGGUUUGUGCUCAGGCUCAGUGGUGAUGCUGCUCAUCUCAAAACCUGGACCUUUCCAAGUGUUCGUCAAGAACGAGAAGGGCCAGACCAAAACUUUUGAUGUUGAUGUCAAUGAGACCGUAGAUCAGCUCCAGACUAAGAUCUUCCAGAAAGAGAGAGUCCCCAAGGAUCAGUAUCGACUGAUUUACAACGGCAGACAACUGGAGGCUGGCAAGAAGUUGCAAGACUACGGCAUCACAUCUGGAAGCACCAUUCACAUGACUUUCCGUCUCCGAGGUGGUUAAUUGAGGAGAUCAGCGCUGCCAGGAUUCAUUAUUGGUCCAACUAUUUAUUAAUAUAUAUUUUAUAUAUUAAUAUAUAUUUUAAAAAGUCCUACUGAAAGACACUUUUUAGUCUCUGUCUAUAUUAUUUAUAGAAAUUUACCUAUAGGUUUUUAUUUAUACAUUUAUAUUAUUUAUAGAAAUUUACCUAUAGGUCUAAUAUAUCUGAGAUUAAAAUAUUUAGGCCUGGUAGGAAAGGAUUUAGGUUAAGACAAGAUUAUAUGCUUUAGUUCAAUUAGGACAUUUAAGUAUCUUUUAUAAACUUGCCGUAGAAAAAAAAAAAAAACAUUACUGGUGUGCAUCUUGAGACAAAAUGACACUGACAUAAUAAGAUGCUUCCAGUUAAAACAGCUCAAACAUAAAUUUUAGUCUGGGACUAGAUCUUAAGCCUUGUCUGUGAACCCGGGGGAUCGUUUAGAUUGUAAUUUAAUGUAUUCAUCAUGUAACUGAAUAAACUGAUAAAAUAUGGAAUAAGCAUAAUCCUUUCUCAUAAUGUUCCAGUUUAAUGUUCCAACAAAUGUGCUGGCUACCCUUUGUUGUUAUGAAUGUUAUGCAUUAUAUUUUUACAUUAAUAAAAUAUAAAUACCA